AUGUCGGCUCUGCAGACGUUUAUGUUGGUUGUAGACCACGAUAAAGCAGAGGCUAAGCAGAUUGCUGAGCGGGUUGCUCAGGAUGUGGAGAACAAAAGGACGACACUUAUUGAGGUUGUACAGUCACUCGGAGAGUAUAUCAACGAUGAAGAUCCCAUAUUGCGAGGCAAAGCUGUCUCAUACCUCACUGCUGUGAUCAGAGCACUUCCUCCGAAGUAUCUAUCAAGACAACAGAUCCAAGUGCUCACAACGUUCUUCUGUGACCGCAUUGAAGAUGGAGGGGCUGUCGCUGGACUGGAUACACUUCAGAAAUUGGAUCGCUUUAACGAUGCGUUAGCCGAGGAAGUAGCACAGGCUGUCUUCGAGGGCCUACAGGACUUACAGUCUCGGUCACAAUCGCAAAGAUUCCAGGUAUACCAAUUGUUGAAUGAGUUGAUGUCGAAUCAUCGGGCCGCUCUUCACAAGAUGGGGGAUACAUCUCUCGUCGGGAUCGUUGAUCUCAUGACUGGAGAGAAAGAUCCCCGGAAUCUUAUGCUUGUUUUCUCCAUCUUGAAGGUGGUCAUGAUUGAAUGGGAUAUCUCAAACCACGCCGAGACUCUUUUUGAAGCCGUUUAUAAUUACUUUCCGAUUACCUUCAGACCUCCUCCAAACGAUCCAUACGGGAUUACGGCGCAAGACCUGAAGGACCGUCUACAGGACUGCAUUUCCUCAACUAGUCUUUUCGCUCCCUACGCUAUUCCUGCCCUUCUGGAUAAACUGGAUUCCACUUCACCAAAUGUCAAGAAAGAUGCUCUUAACGCAUUAAUUGCGUGCAUCAGAUCGUACGACCCGGAUACUGUGUCUAAAUAUUCGAUCCAAAUAUGGGACGUAUUGAAAUUUGAGAUCCUUAAUGCACAAGAGGAAUUUCUCGCAGAGCUUUCCCUUCAGGCUCUGAACUGCAUUGCUAAACGGUUGUCCGAGGGCAUUGCAGCAAUAUCCGAACAGUCACCGCUCGCACAGUUUCUACGGCCAAUCACGAAAGAAUGCAAUGAGCAAUUACGAGAACCCCAGCAAAAGCAGGCCAAGCCUGCGCAACAGAUCCUGAACUCAACAUCAUCUGCUUCUACAGCUUCGUUCACAGUGAUUGUGCAGGCUGCUGUCGCUCCGCUGUUGACGGUUUAUCAGGAGGCCGAUGGGCUUGCCAAACAGAGAGCGAUACUGGAAACCCUCGGGGGUCUCUUUGAUUCAGCCAUCAAAGUUUUUGGGGAAUGGGACUCGCAUGAGCCUGAACCCGCCGCUGGAAACGCUCUGGUCGAAUUUAAAGAUCAGUUCUCGGAUGUCUUUGGUCAAGCAUUGAUGGGAGCAGCGAAGGAAGAAGUCUCCUUCCGAGUAACCGCUCUUGAAGGGUUUCUGCGUCUGGCCAUCCUGAGAGAUUACUUCCAAGACAACGAGAUCGGCUUGUUUGUGCAAUACUUGGAUGAAAUUCUGUUACAAGAGGAAUCUGCGGGCCGGGAUGACUUGAAGAAGAAAGCCAUCGCAGCUUUGGCUGAUAUAUCGAAGCACAAGCCACGAUUAAUCAUGGAUAUAACAUUCCCUGCCUUUGUUGCAACUCUGCCCGACUCUGACGGAGGGCCAAACACGGACUAUAUAACGACACUUGAGAACCUCGCACAGAUCAGUGUUGAAAGGGAUAUUUUCGAGACAUUAGUCCGACGUCUACUCAGCAAACUGACCAUAUUGCUUCAAAAGGAACGCGCUGGAUCUAUAGCAUAUCCUCGCGCAAUUCUCACGACCAUUUUAUAUGUGAUGAAACAGAGGAAUCUGGAUAAAGAUCCAAACCUGGAACUCUACUAUGACAAGAUCGUAACAGGCCUCUGCCGUGGCGUUGCAGACGCGGCCACAGGAAAGUCUACGAAUCGGAUCUUGAAUGACGCAGUUGUCAUUGAUAUUCUUGGAAGGCUUUGCAAUGUCAUUGUCAGGUGUCUGUCGAAGCAAAAACAAGAUGAAGUUGCGCAGAACGUCUACACUCUGUUUGCUAGCUCGAAUACAUUUACGCCGGUGCCAUUCUCGCAAGCAGCAAAUGAGGAUCAACAGCGCACGAUGAUUAUCUCGACAUAUCUUCUUGCAGGGCUUCCAGCAGACUGCGCACACCUCCCGUAUACCGGCCGCGACUUGUCACCUCUCCUUUCGGACCUGGUGACUCGAUCCUUGACGGAGAGCGAGCCACCAACCCAUCUCGCCUUUCUUCGUCAUUCUGCCUUGCUUGUGAACAAAUUCCUUCCAAGAUCCGAACUUAGCAUCGCUACGGAGAUACUGAGCAACCUGUUCUCUGCUGGUGCCGAGGAGAAAAAGGUACCUUCGGGAACAAUCAAGACGAUAUUUUGGCUCUCGAAGGCUCUCAUCCUACGUCUUGCGCCAACGACCACGGAAAUACUGACCUCUCUUUUGUCACUACUUUCGUCCCCCGAUGAGAUGACAAGUACCACUGCUGCUCGCGGCUUCGCCAUUCUCCUUAAGGACGAUGACGUCCUUUCAGUUGACAACGGUGCAAACAUCAGACUUUUAGCGAAACAGCGUGUCUUCACGACAUUGACCCCCCUAAUCUCGAACCGCAUUCGCGAGGUCAAUGUCGCAGGCGAUGACUCGUCUACGCCCGCACACAUAAAGCCAGCACAUCUCACUGCCUUAUCAGGAAUACUCUCCACCAUUUCGCCUUCAUUGGUCAUGCCGGAGCUCCCGACACUGCUUCCUCUUCUCCUGCAAAGCCUGGAUCUGCAAACCGCAGACUCACAGGCCGUCCGUGCUGCAACACUCGAGACUCUCGCCGUAAUCAUCCGCGAAAAUGGCGUCGGCGUUAUCGAGGAAUGCGGCCAUGUUCAAAGCUUAGUCACCCGGCUUCUGAAGACAGCUGCAUACAAUCCCACGCCUACUGGGUCGGACCAGCAGGCUGCCGGUGCCGGCCCUGUAAACGGACCGCGACUACGGGUUGAAGCACUUAGAUGUCUGAACUUGUUGGCUCAGACCCCUAAGAUAGACGCCCCAGCUGUUGCGAAAGCCGGUAAACUGUCCCCGCUUCUACCAGUGAAGAAUCAAGCGGUGCGUUCUCUGCGUAUGAUUCUAGAUGAUCCAAAACGGGAUGUGCGGAAAGCUGCAGUUGAUGCUCGGGGCGCCUGGCUUCGUAACGUCGAUGAUGCUCCUGAUGAAGAGGACUGA